CUCACAGCUCCAAGACCUCCAUAUAAUAUUCUCCUUCUCCACCUUCCCAGAGAAAUUAAACCAUGUCACACACGCUAGAGAUCACAGUGUUAUCUGCAGAGGAUCUCCGGAUCAACCGCAAGCAAGUAAAGAAGAACGUCUUCGUCUGCCUCCAGUCGCCGGAGUCGGGCAGGCCCGGAGAGACGUGGACGACGAGGAUGGAAUCAGAAGGAGGGAGCCACCCAAAAUGGAAUGAGAAGCUGGAGAUGGAAGUGCCAGUGCAUGCGAGGUUCAUAACAGCUGAGGUGAAGGAGAAGAGUGCAAUGGGGUGUGUGACAAGCAUUGGGAUGGCGAGAAUACCAGUUUCAGAUUUCAUGGGAGGAUACGUGCCGCAAAAUCAAGUUCAUUUUCUGAGUUAUAGAUUGUGGGAUAGAAAGUGCAGGAAAAAUGGGGUUAUAAAUGUUUCAGUUAGGGUUAAAGUCUCAGAACAUUGUUUUACAGUGGAGGGAGUACCCGUGGGUAAUGCUAACAGUGAUUGCUCUGGGGUUGUACGUGGAAUUCCAGUGUGGUUGAACAAAUACCCAGCAAAGCUUUGAAGGUCUUGUCUUUGUUUCGAACCCAAAAUGGUGGAAAGAAAAAACAGAUUUACCAAACCAUUUUUUCUUCCUUUAGAUUGAAUAUUAUAUUGAAUGAUAGAGGAAACGUUGAUUUGGUAAAUAUGUAUGCAUGAUUACCAAACGUACGAUGUAUACUAUUUACCAUCAGGUAGGGUGAAAUCCCUUCCAUGUAUUUGAAUUUAAUCGUAAUCAACAUGUACGAUAUAUAGUUAAUAUAUUAAAUAAUUUAU